GGGGGCCGUUUCCAUAGCGGCGGCGGCAGGAGGUGUCGCGCCGGGGAACUUCCUGGUUCCCGGGCUCGGCUUUGCCCGGAGCCUCCUGGAAGGGAAACAAUGGGGCGGAGGGCACUGCGGUAGCCGCCGCCACCGCCGCCGCCGCCGCCGCCGCGCCGGACCCUCUCGGCCUCCCGCGACUGGCCGCUGCCGCCGCCGCCGGGACCGUUUGGAGAACAGGAUAUGUAUUCCUCUGAGAAACCCUGGACAGCAGAUUUUGGUUUAAUACUGGAUUGGAACAAUACACAGAGACAUUUGCAGUCAUGAAUACGGACCAGGAUGUAGCACUCAAACUUGCUCAGGAACGAGCUGAAAUAGUUGCUAAAUAUGACAGAGGACGGGAAGGUGCAGAGAUCGAGCCCUGGGAAGAUGCUGAUUAUCUUGUUUACAAAGUCACCGAUAGAUUUGGCUUUUUACAUGAGGAAGAGCUCCCGUAUCACAAUGCAGCUGCGGACCGGCAAAAGCAGUUGGAAAUCGAAAGGACUUCCAAGUGGCUGAAAAUGCUGAAAAGAUGGGAGAGGUACAAGAACACCGAGAAGUUUCAUCGACGAAUUUACAAAGGAAUUCCACUCCAGCUCCGAGGUGAAGUCUGGGCCCUGCUUCUUGAGAUCCCUAAAAUGAAAGAAGAAACAAGAGACCUUUAUAGUAAAUUAAAACACAGAGCACGGGGUUGUUCCCCUGAUAUCAGACAGAUAGACCUUGACGUGAACCGCACAUUCAGGGACCACAUCAUGUUUAGAGACAGAUACGGUGUUAAGCAACAGUCCUUAUUCCACGUCCUCGCUGCUUAUUCUAUCUACAAUACGGAAGUCGGCUACUGCCAAGGGAUGAGCCAGAUCACAGCUCUGCUGCUUAUGUACAUGAAUGAGGAAGACGCCUUCUGGGCCCUGGUGAAGCUCUUCUCAGGCCCCAAGCAUGCUAUGCACGGUUUUUUUGUCCAAGGCUUUCCUAAACUUUUGAGAUUUCAAGAACAUCAUGAGAAAAUUCUGAACAAAUUUUUGUCCAAACUUAAGCAACACUUGGAUUCUCAAGAAAUCUACACAAGUUUUUACACAAUGAAAUGGUUUUUUCAGUGUUUUCUUGACCGAACUCCCUUCAGGCUGAACCUCAGGAUUUGGGACAUCUAUAUCUUUGAAGGAGAGCGAGUUCUUACUGCGAUGUCUUACACAAUCUUGAAACUACACAAAAAACAUCUCAUGAAGUUGUCUAUGGAAGAACUUGUAGAAUUUCUUCAGGAGACUCUUGCCAAGGAUUUUUUCUUCGAGGAUGAUUUUGUAAUAGAGCAACUUCAGGUUUCUAUGGCAGAACUGAAGCGAGCAAAGUUAGAUCUCCCAGAACCCGGUAAGGAAGAUGAAUAUCCAAAGAAACCCUUGGGGCAGCUUCCACCUGAGUCUAACUCUGCUUGUAUUAAUCACCUGAGCAACGGACAAAGAAGUGUUGGCAGGCCCAGCCCCAAAAUAAGCAGCAGGAAAGAAGAUGGGUCGCCUCACAAAAAACACGAGCAUUCUCCUGCCCAUCACAGCAGAAAUGGCAUGCCAGAAAGAGUCGGGCAAUCAAGACGGAAGUCCGUGGAUGAGGAUAGUAAAAAUCUGAAGCAUGAGGGAGAUUUUCAGAGAAAAUCUUCCCCGGGUACACAGGACAGUUCCAGGCACUAUAACCAUGCAGCUGCUAACCAAAAUAGCAAUGCAAUUUCAAACAUCAGGAAGGAAUUUAUGCCCAAAUGGAGAAAACCAUCAGAUGCCUCAGCUAUUGAAAGAACUGCUAAAUACGCCAUUGAAGGCAAAAGUCACUCAGUGCUUCCCGCUCUUCCUGUCACCAUCCCGAGUUCUACUGAGACCCGAUUGUCAAAUUCGAGGCAAAAGAUGAAGGCUUUUGAUGGGGGGGACGGGAAGCGGGGUUCCAACGCUUCCCAGUAUGACAACGUGCCUGGAGGUGAGGGUGAGCAUGGAGCAUCUGCGGAAGAGGGACUGGAGCGAACUCACCCUCACAGCCCAAGGAAGCACCCUGAGCCAAGUCCUAGUCCGCCAAAAGCACCCAACAAGUUUACGUUUAAAGUGCAGCCUCUCAGCCAUGGCCGAUACCCAUCCCAGCUAGAGGAGGACCUCAGAGCUGCGCAGCCACCCUCCUACAGCAACCCCCCUGGCUACCGUGCGAAUUCUCCAAGACACAUCCCUACUGCUCACAGUGGCUUUGUGUCAGCACAGAUCAGCCCUGGGCCUCAAAUUAAUCCUUCCAGGAGACCUUAUGGUUCCUCUCUUUCAGUUGACACUUCUCCAGAGAAAGCUUACGGCCGCCCAACUCCUAUUGUUCUGCCCUCUAGUCGAAUUGAAGUCCUUCCCAUUGACAUCGGUGCCAGGGGGUACGGCAGUUCAGGGUCACCAAAGAACGGAAAGUUCAUCCUUCCUCCAGUGGACUAUUUGCCAGAGAACAGAAAAUGGUCAGAAGUUAGUUACACAUACAGACCAGAGAUGCACGGUCAAUCAUGGACUCAGGAUGCUAACCGUAGCCACUUAAGCAAUUUACCAAAAUAUGCAGCCUUUCAGCACAUACCUUUUCAGGACCAUGGCCUUCCAGAAGUGUCUGUAGACAGUCCAGUGAGAUAUAAGACUUCACCAGCUGUGGAAGCUGCCAGUCCUCCUGGGUACCCAUAUUCAGGUCCCUCACCUUCGGCACAUCAAUACAGAAAUCGAGAGGGACUUUCUGUUCAAGAAUCAGUGUUGCUGUGAUAGUGUGGCUGUACUCACUGACAACAAGAGAAUAGAACCCGUAUGAUACCCACAUUGCUAUGUUUAUAAUUGCCAAAGCAGUAUUUUUUAUAUUGUGAACACUUGCGCAGCUCAGUGUGUGUCAGUGAUGAGGGUGUGGGAAUGCAUCAUCCUGUGCAGAGGCUGCUGAAGAAGAGGGAGUCGGUGCAUCCUGGCUGAACCUUUAAUAGAGUAGCCUGGAGCCAGCAGUAGCAUUCAGGGCUGCACACACAGCAGGGUUCUUUAUGCUGUCCCCUUCAUAUUUUCCCCCUAGACCCGUUGGGUUCUGACUACUGUUAGAAAGCACUGAGACACUAUAGAGCAGAUACUCUGAGGACUGGCCCUCACCUUUGAAUAGACGAGGCAAGCACCUGUGCAUAUAGAUUUUGGUUUUAAAACCACCUUUAAUGUAGAUCCAUGGAAUAACAGUGAUUUUUUUUUUUACUCCUUAUCUGUCUGCUCACCCUGCCCCAUCAUAUUUUAAUUCAGGUUCUAAACUGAAACUGACUAAAGUUUGUCCUGACUUUAUGAGUCCAGCGCCUUACAGAGUAUCAUGCUCCUCAAGUUCCUGCCAUUUUGUCUCCUCCUGAAAGUUAAAGGCUGUGGGGAAAGUCUCACCUCUCGAUGGUGCCUAAAUGAGAGUCAGUUAGCCGAAGUGAGCGGCUGCACAUCUCCAAGUGUCUUGGUGCGGCUGUGCCCUGGGCUCUGGCCAGGUGAGGGACGAGCUGGAAGUCAGACCUGGCAGUGCCCUAGGCAGUAGAAGGUUGCUUUUCACAGUCAUUGGAAAGCAGCUUUAACCGUAAAGGAAGGCUGCUUCUCACUCUGCUUCCGGUUCUCGCAGGCCCUAGGGGACCAUUCACACAGUCUUUUCUGGCACUCAGUCUUCACAGAGUGGAGUGGAUGGAUACUGCUACACUUACUGGGCCAUUCCAUUAUCCCUGUCAAAGUUGGGGAAAAUACCCUAAUGAUUAAUAACUAUCUAGAAUUUUGAUCUUUGUAAAAAAUCGGGGAGAAAGGUAGUUUGUUUCGUAGUUUUGGAAUUUUUUUCAGUGAAAAAUAAUUGUAGUUCAUGGUUUUUUUUAAAAAGGUGAUUAUUCCUUUUAUGCUGUCACACACUACUGUCACCAAGACACUGACAAAGUGCUGGAUUCUCCAAGAGCAAUGGCUGUGUCUGUGUAAAUGCUCGUCCACCGUUACCCUCUUGUAUCUGAAUAUCAGAAACUAGAAAGUCCAACAGUGACGCCCCCCACUGCUUCAUGGUGGGGUCCUAAGCUUUUGCAGUACAAAAAUAUGUCUUCAUGAAAGUAACAGUGUUUAUCUAGCAAACGUGACAAUAUUUUUAUGUAUAUAAUGAUUCUAAUGUAAUUUAAUUAACAUGGUAAUGAUGUUAUUAAGUGUGGAAGCAAAUGCAGUAUAUUAAAGGUGAACACCACACUGAAACUCCCAACUCCUGACAAAACGACCAGGCUCUUGAUUUAGAUCAUGUGGAAGGUGAGAAAUAAAUGUAUAUAGACAAGUAGCUGAGGAUAUUAGUUUCAGUUCUUAAAGUAUGACUCUGUGACUUGUAAGGAACCAAGCUGUACAGUUUAGCUCAUGAUGGCAGCAUCUAUGCCUCUGCAGAAAGUAUAUAUCAUAGUGGUAAAUUAUGUAGAUUAUAUAUAUAUAUAUAUGCAAUAUAUAUGGAUACACUAUUUUCUUAUGUCAUCUAUGGCAUUUUUUUUAAUCUGUAUACUUUUUGAUGUGAUUGUUUUUAACAUGCUAAAAGUAAUCUGUAUAUUUUGUUCUGUGUCUUCUGUGUGCAGCCUGCCCGUGGAGGUGCUGCAUCCUGGGGCCUGCAGGGCCCGGCAGAUGUGCCACAUGCUCACCGGCAGCAUUUACACACGCUGCAGUUCUCUACUCGCAUUCUCAGUGAGACCGUGUUUAGAACCAUGUCACCUUUCCUUGGCUUAAGCAUUACUAAUGGCAGCAAAGUCUUCCCCUCUAUAAGACGUAUCUCUGUUAGCGUCAAGUAGGAAAUUUUAAUUUAAAAUUAUUUUGCCACUAUACAACUUUAUUUUAAAUUUAUUUUUAAAUAAAAGAAAUGAUAAGAGAAGUAAUAUUGACAAAGUGAUUUAAGAUAUAUUUAUAGAAAAUGAUCGCUAAGGACGGUCCGGGCAGAGCAGCCAGUCUUAAGAAGGAGUCCUGCUGACCUUUACUUAACUAGUAAACUUAAGGGGUGUUUGUUUGUUUGUUUGUGUUGUUUUUGUUUUCAGUGGGGAGUUUGUUUGUUUGUUUGUUUUGUUUUUAAUUCUCAAGUCUCACCCCAGACCACUUAAAUCAUACCUUGGAUAAAAGGCAGGCAUCAGAGAAGCAUCUUCCCCUUGUGUCUUAAUGCUGUCAUCUUGAAUCUCUCUCUAAGAAAAAUGUCCACCAAGUUGUCUUAUGUUUCUACUGUGGGAUGUUUGAAAGUGCUUUGUUGUUGUUGUUAUUUCGGUUUCUGUAGACAGAGUCUUGCUAUAUAUCCCUGUCUGACCUUACUAUGUAGACCAGGCUAACCUUGAAAUUGAGCUGCCCCUCCCUUAGCCCCCAGAGCACUGAGGUUACAGGCAUGCACCUCCCAUCUAGCUCAGCUCAGGGUUGUUGUGUUGUGGGGUUUGAUUGUCUUGUUUCAGUGGUGGAGACAACAUGUGGUCUCAAACGCAGACACUGUUGGUGAACUAGCAUUUCAAAUUCUCUGUAGGUCAGAAGUUUAAGAGCUCAUAAGUGAAGUCAGGCAAGUGAGGAAGAAGUCCAUGGGCAGCAACGUUAUCAGCUGUCUGAGUUUUAAGAUUUCUGCUAGUCACAGCUGAAUAGCUUCAAGGAAGGAGAUGUGACCCUCUCACCUCCAGCCGCUUACACCAUCCCUGCAAAGUAGACAGAGCCUUCAGAUGGCCAUUACUGCCACUGUUCUGCUUUUCAACCCAGCUAUUCAAGCCCUUAUCAGUGAGAAGACCCUGCCCUGCCUUCAUUAGGACAGUCAAUACUAAGCAGCCAGAACUCACAGGGACUGUGUUUCCACACUUGAGAACAUGAGAAGACUGUUUUGAGUCCACAGGUAAUCAUAAACAGUUGCCAUCCUAACAUCUUCCUGAAUCUUGUAAUGUGUAAGCAUGGAACAUCUGUCUCUUUUGAGCUGUAAUUUCAGUGUUUUGUGGGUUUGGUCUGUUUUCUUACUAGAACUUCUUCUCUAGAAUUGUUGCUGUUUUAUUCUCUGUCAUCAGGGCUAUUUUCUACAUACCCUGAGCCUUGAAACCUGCUCUACCAUUGGAGGAGAGGACAGUUGGGGUUGGCUUACAGUUCUAGGCUGUUGGGUGAGUUGGAGAAUUGGGGCCAGCAUCCCAUCAGCAGAUUUCAUGAGUCAGUUUCAGUUUAGUGCCAAAGCAACCUCUGUUGGGAGCUGUGGGACUUGAGGAUUGGGACUUGACAGGUGCCAUCAUCUGAUAGACAUUUGGUUAUCCAGAGAGCAUUGGUAAUUUGCCAACAAGUUUGGGUGCAAAGCCACCAGAGAGUACAUGCUCUGGAGAAGAUGGCCAAGCAGAGCAGUCACCCAUGAGAAAGGGCAGCAGUGUUCUGUGUGUCUGUUAGUCUGGCUGUGUGGGCUAGAAGCUGUCAGGUCUGCAUGGUAGGCUGAGUUUGCUGUCCAAUGGUUGUGUGACUUUGGGCAAGUCCCAAUUUCCUUCCUGGCCUCACUGUCUUUAGCUUUAAUGUGGGCAUUUAAGAGGUACGGGUGGAAGAGAAGACAAUUCUCAUCUGAUUGAGUGACAGGAGAGUUAACAGUGAUAGUGGUUUGAGCUUUGUGUCAGUUGCUAGUCUAAGGUCUGGUAUACACCGUGAUGUUACAAACUCCUGUCUUCCUGAAGUUUCCAUUCUGACCCACUUCCUUCUCUCUAAACUGAAGGUGGUGUUUUUGUUUUUGUUUUCUGAUUGAUGCGUUUUUUUCCUAAUUCCUAGGAUUGAGUUGAUUGGUCAGAAGUGUUUGGUUCAGUGUCAUGUACUAAUACAUUGUUAUCUGUAAUUACAUGUCACAGCACUAGGCUUUAGUGGCCAGGAGGGAUUUGACCUUGUUCCCUUGGGGUUGAGAGUCUAGUGAGCAGCGCUGGGGUAAAGGCAGUCAACUUGCAUGUGCUACAAGACAGGAGAAGCAAGCUAGUAUGUCUUGAGAUGGCGCCAGCCUCUCACGCAUGGUGGCUGGGUUGGUGGCGUACAAUGCAGCAGACCUGCCCUCCGAUGUAUGGCUGCAAAGUCUGUUUGGAUUUGACCAGGGGGAGUACAUGCCGGCCUACUGUGUCUCCCUAGAGCCACAGUCAGAUCACUUUGCUUGCAGGCACAAACAGGAGGUGGCAGGCCCCUUGAAGGUUUGGAUGGGAUGAGAUGGACAGUUACUGUAAUGAAGGACAAAGUGAACCAGGAACGAGGAGGAGGAGGAAGAGGAGGAAGAAGAGGAGGAGGAGGAGGAGGAGGGGGAGACAGACAGUGCUAAGGAGGGACCGCUUUGCCUGCUGCUGCAUUCUCAAGGCUCUCUACAGGUUGUCCCUUGCUUCUGGUCUAGUUCUCUCUUGUACUCAGAAGUAUUAAACACUGAUGAUUAAACCUUC